UGUCUUGGAUGGUUUAAGACUUAUGUGACCUACUUCGAAGCAGAUGAUGCCUGCAAGUCAAAGGGAGGCUAUCUGAUGACGGUGAGGACGACGGAUAAGCUGAUGAUGCUCCGCGGGUUGGUCAGCGAGCGGGCUUGGGUCGGCCUGGACGACACGAUGCAAGAAGGCGUCUAUAUCUGGACGGAUAAUGGAUCGGAGCUGACCUUCAAUGUGAAACACGAUGUGUUCCGAGCUGGUGAACCCAACGACUUCUGGGGAGAGGAAGAUUGUGUCGCUUAUUAUUUGCCGUUGUUGAACGAUGUCCCUUGUUGGUACAAUUACAGCUACAUGUGUGAGAUUUUUACAAUCAAUUUAUAA